AUGGAGCCAUCGACGUCUGGUUCAAUAUUCGACAUCAAAUCGCGGAAUUUCGACGUCGACGCCUACAUCAGUGCACAAUUGAAGAGAAAAACGCUAGACGAGUUAAUCAAGAAUGAGGAGGAAAUGGUGACAAGUGUUCGUCGCCUUGAUUCGGAUGUGCAUCAGAUAGUUUACGAGAAUUACAACAAAUUCCUGACGGCGACAAACACCGUGCGGAAGAUUCAAGAUGAAUUCAGUGGACUUGAAACGGGUAUGUCGGAGAUAGGCUCGUCGAUGGGGAAAAUUCAAUCAUUAAUUGGCGACUUGGGCGGAGUGCUUGGACGACAACACACAGACAUCGCUCAAUUGGCAAGAUCGUAUCGAGCUGUGAAGAGCGUUCAAUUUAUCUUUCAUCUACCAGUUACCCUACAGAAUUACCUUGAUGAACGAAAGUUUGCCACGUUGAUCCGUAUCUACCUUUUGGCCAAGUCAUCGCUGACUGCUUAUUCGGAUCUGGACAAAGUUUCGAGUGUUCUCAACAAGUGUGAAUCAAUUGUGAAAGAAGCUGAAGGAGAAUUGCGACUACUUAUAACAUCAGGACAAAUUGAUAACACUGAAGAGAUCGUGCAAGCAGUGGAAUUGCUUGAGAAACUCGGCGUUUCGAAGGAUGAUCUACAGGUUGAUUUCCUGAUUGCGGCACAAAAAUGCCUGAAGAACGAUUUGGUCGGUUUGGAGACGAAAGUUGAGGAUGUACUUGAUCUUGUUGAUAGAGGUUGUGGCACUUUCUUGCCGAAUUUAACUCUUUUUGUGGAUUUGCACAAUCGUCUUUUUCCGGAAACGAGUCAAGAGUUGUUGGAGUGUGUUCAGGAGUUGUUAACCGAGUUUCACGCAAUUGUAAAAAGAUUAUUCCUUUCUUCCGGUGAUCCAAAGGAUUGUUCAAUUGUGGUCAGAGCCUUAGAUCGAUAUUAUCGAAAGAUGAACGCCUGUUCUCAAGUUCUAACUAGUCUUAACUUCUCCGACGACUGCAUCGUGUUAAUCAAUGAGGUUUCCCGUCAUCAAAUGAAAAUUUCGAGGAUAAAAAUUGUCGAUCAGUUGGAGUCUGCGUUUCAAGAGUUACGAGAGUUGGUACUUUCGGAUGGAGUCGAUCUCAGCUCGUGUUUCCCCCGUCUCGAGCAAUUGCUGGUAUUCAACGUGAAGACAUCUUUGGCGAAUCUUUUGUUAUUCACAGCUAGUGAUGUCACCUUUUCGGCAAUCCCCGCAUCACUCUUUCAAAACAAUUUUGCGAUCAGUGUUCACGAGGACCUUUUGGUUGGGGCGCUAAUUGAUGUGGCUGAGGCGGUGAAGAAAUAUUCAGGUGCAUCAAACGAAACCCGCUUUAUUUCACCGCUCGUUUUGUUGGUGAUCGGAGUGUUUUUGCAUCAUAUUGCCGUCAAGAGCACUCAUUAUUUGAUGAGACUGUGUGAGGAGCAAUUUCUUCUCGUCGAAAAAAAGAACAAAAAGUUGACGAGCGUCGAGACGGUCGUUGGGAAGCUUAGAGAAGCGGCUCAAGAAGUAAUGAAACGAUUCGUCGAUCAUAAGGGUCUUUCCUGUGGAGAAUCGUUGGCAAAAGCGGUCGAAUCGAGCUCACAAUUGUCGACAACACCCGUAGGAGUGCGCUCGGCCGUUCGAAGAGUGGUGGAUGAGAUUCGCGAACUUGACACUCUCCUCGCACAAAUGCUUAACGAUGGAAAGAGGGAAUUGAAAUCGGCACGAGUACCCAGAGCCACAAUCGACACUUUUCAACGAGACACAUUGUGGAGUGAACGAGUCGACUUUCACGAUAUUAUACAUUUCAACCGAGGUUCGAUCAUCAGCGGUGUGGUGAAAAUGUUUUUGAAGAUUUUCAUCGAAGCGGUUCGCGCACAAACAUUUGGGAAACAUGCGAUCGAACAAGUUCAGGUAGAUUGCUACUAUUUACAACGAAAUCUUGCUCCACUUGUUGCUGAUGAGGUGAUCGUAAACUCGUUAACCGAUGCGGCUCUCUCGUCUGCUUUAAAACGAUCGCUUGAUCCGGUGCUUCUUCAUCCGAACAAAUUGAUGCAACUGUGUGAACAAUCUCAACAAACA